CGUCCUCAACAUCAAAAGAGCGACUGACAGCACAAACUCUUUCCUGCAUCACCUGUGAAAAGACAUUCAGCUCACAGAGACUUUUAGAGAGACAUGAGAGAAAACACACAGAACAGAAACUCUUCACCAGAUCUGAGAUCAGCUUUACUACCUUACAAGAGAAGAAACUUCAUUCAGAAGACCACAGAGAGAAGAAGAAGAAGCAGUUUCACUGUGAGCAGUGUGGGAAGAUUUGUAUCUCUUCCUCUAAUCUAAAUGUUCACAUGAGGACACACAGUGAUGAAAAGCCUUUCAACUGCACUGAAUGUGGAAAUUACUUCAGAACCAAAGACAAUCUUCAAGUUCAUCAGAGAAUUCAUACAGGAGAAAAACCUUUCCAGUGUCCUCACUGUGAGAAGAGAUUUAGGCAUAAAUGUGGUUUGAAGACACAUGUGCUUUUACACACCAAUGAGAGACCGUAUCAGUGCAAUGAAUGUGACAAAACCUUUAGGGAUUCACGUUCAUUAAAAAAACACCAGAAUAUUCACUUUAAAGAGAAACUCCAUCAGUGUUCACACUGUGAUAAACGCUUCUGUUAUAAAUAUCAGCUGAUAGUCCAUGAGAGAGUUCACACUAACGAAAAAACUAAUCACUGUAGUGUCUAUGGGAAGAUUUUUAGUCAACAUGAAAGUUUAGUGACACAGCUGAGGACUCAUACAGAUGAAAAAUCUUUCAAAUGCUCUCAGUGUGACAAGACGUUUAAUUUUUUAAGUAACUUUAAAGCGCAUGAGAGAGUUCAUACUGGAGAGAAACCUUACCUCUGUAAUCAAUGUGGAAAGAGCUUCUCUAAGUCAUCUCAUUUAAGAGUUCAUCAAAGAGUUCACACUGGAGAGAAACCUUAUCACUGUAGUGUCUGUGGGAAGAGUUUUAGUCAACGGUCACCCUUAAUAAGGCACCAGAGAAUUCAUACAGGUGAAAAACCUUUCAAAUGCUCUCAUUGUGACAUGACAUUUCAAUAUUCAGGUCACUUGAAAGCCCAUCAGAGAGUUCACACUGGAGAGAAACCUUUCAUAUGCGCUCACUGUGGAAAGAACUUCACUUAUUCAUCUCAUUUAAGAAUUCAUGAAAGAGUUCAUACUGGAGAGAAACCUUAUCACUGUAGUGUCUGUGGGAAGAGUUUAAGUCAACGGUCAAGCUUACUUAAGCACCAGAGACUUCAUACAGGUGAAAAACCUUUCAAAUGCUCUUAGUGUGAUAAGACGUUUGCUCAGUCAGGUUCCUUAAAAUCCCAUCAGAGACUUCAUACGGGAAAGAAACCUUAAAGGUGACAGAGAAUGAAUAACCGUAAAGGAAAAGUGCUAGACAUUCUGAACAUCUCAGUUUCAUAGAAAUUCCUCCUUUAGAAAUGCCCACCAGAAAAUGACCCAAUCUGAACAAUGGAUACAUGUUACGUAAAAUGCAGCUCACUGCCCCCCACUCUCAUUCAAUUCCUUCCCCUUCAAAAUAAUUUUGUAAAAUUUUGGUCUGUCCGUGUUCUGAAAACAGUGAAGUUUACAUUCUUUGGAGUGGCAGCAAAGGCAGUUAAGACCGAAGGGAAGCCAAAUAGGUGCAAAACCACGCAUUUAAAAUCCUCCGCCCUAAUAUAGCUAUCCGACAGAGUUUUUUAGGAAGCUUAUAAGGCAUUAAAGACCCGACCAAAAUUUUGUUGUCUACAUGUCACAGAACAAGAAUAAAUACCCCCUUCAAUCAUUCAAUGUCACCUUUAAAGCAAUACCUUAGAUAAUUUACUCACCCCCAUGUCAUCCAAAAUGUUGAUGUCUUCCUGUGUUCUGUCGAGAAGAAAAAAGUUUUUUGAGGAAAAACAUUGCAGGAUUUUUCUCAUUUUAAUAGACUUUAUUGGACCCCAACAGUUUACAGUUUCAACGCAGUUUCAAAGCACUCUAAACGAUCCCAAACGAGGAAUAAAGGCAGGGCUCCAGAUUGACAUUUGAGAGGGGUGGCACUGCCACCAACAAGUUGGACAGCUGGUGGCGCUGGGCCUCAAUUUGGUGGCACCAGUCACUGAAUGGUGUAAAAACAAAAAAGAAACACUAAAACUAAGUCCAAACAUGUUUAAUGCAUUAAUACAUUUCUUUACAAAUACAGAUAAUUUUCUUGAAACUUAAAAUCAACUUUUUCUUACUUUGUUUUGAGCUUAAGGCUACUUUAACACAGACUUGAGUAAAGAAAUCACAUUCUUGUGCAGUAAUCAUUGUAAUUGUAUGUCUCCAUGCACUCUGAAGAUAUCAUAUGGCCAGGACUUGUGUUAGGUCUUUUACAUAUACAUUUAAAAAACACAGUGCAGCAUGUUUAUUUACAACACAAGCAGCAGACUCUUGACAUAAUAUAGUUUGCUGCUAUUUAGACCCGUCAUUAUACAAAAAUGUCCUGUGGUAUUUCAUGUGAUAAAACAUCACAAUUACACAAAACUGAUGUGAUAAUUGUGUAGUAUUGUGUGUUUUUUGGGCGACAAAUUACCACAGGAUUUCGUUGUAAAGUAUGUAAUAUUACUACAGUAUUCCUGUAAUAUUCUUGUUGUAUUACUUACAUAUUUAUGUUGUAUUUCAUCUUUUACCCUGUCUGUCAAUAAAUGUAAGUAAAAUACAAGAAAUUAGUGCAAAACUGAGUCUAUGAAUUUUAUUAAACAAACCAGUAAAACCACUUAGUGAAACAGAGUUCUUUGGUAAAUAUCAUCUUCUGGUCCUUCUGCUUCUUCCUGUUCUCCGUCAGGUAGAUACUGUAUCCUGAUUGCUUUUUGUCACAGCAUGUAAGUGAAAAAGUACAUAAUGAUCAAAAUGCUAACAAUAAAAAUCAAGGGUUGUCCUAAAAACUUCAAUCACAUAGGAAUGUUUUUAUUUUAACCUUGAUUGAUCUUUAGUCCCAAUUACUUGAUGCUAUAAAUAAAGUGUUAAGAUAGACAAUGCAU